GUACUGCCCCUUUAAAACGUGGCGGUGCGGGAAGUAGAUGCGGAGCUGCCACAGCUAGCCGGCUGGCUAAUGACUGGCAGACAAACAGUAAAACUAUUCAGGACAUCUUCAUAUAACUGCACCAGGAUGGCGAAUAAGUCCGACGACAUCAGAAUAGUAGUGGGUGACCACACCUUCAAUGACCAUCACCACUUCAGUGACCAUCAUGUCUUUUCGGACCAUCACACCUUCACGGACCAUCACACCUUCACUGAUCACACCCUUGAUCACUAUCCUGACAUAAAUCCAGAGAGGAUCUAUAUGGAUUAUAAUGCUACAACCCCACCGGAGCCGGAGGUGAUUCAGGCUGUUACUGAAGCUCUCCAGGACGCCUGGGGAAACCCCAGUAGCAACCAUGUAAAAGGUGCCAUGGCCAAAGCCAUUAUUAAUCAGUCCAGACAGAAUGUUGCAAGAAUGGUAGGCGGUAAAGCAGAGGACAUUAUAUUCACGUCCGGUGGAACAGAGGCCAAUAACCUGGUGCUGCACACUGCCGUAGAGCACUUCAGGAAACACUGCAAGGCUGCAGAGCAAGGUGAAGGGGACCAAAACGGAUGCACUGGCCUAGCGCACAUCAUCUCCUCCAAUGUGGAGCACGACUCCAUCAGAAUGACAGCCGAGCACUUAGAGAAGGAGGGCAAGGCCGAUGUGACGUUUGUGCCUGUGUCUAAAGUGACUGCUUGUGUAGAAGUGGAAGAUAUUAUUGCUGCCGUGCGUCCCAACACUUGUCUCAUCUCUGUAAUGUUAGCCAACAAUGAGACAGGAGUCAUCAUGCCAAUCCAGGAGAUGUGCAAGAGAAUAAGAUCUCUCAACAAGCAGGGGGACAGACUGAGGAUUCUGCUCCACACCGACGCGGCCCAGGCCCUGGGAAAGAUCCCGGUGGACGUCCAGGACCUGGGAGUGGAUUACCUUACCAUAGUCGGACACAAGUUCUAUGCCCCUCGGAUCGGGGCUUUGUACGUGGACGGCCCUGGGACCAGAACACCAGUGCAUCCCAUGCUGUUCGGAGGGGGGCAGGAGAGGAGGUUCAGAGCAGGCACUGAAAACACACCAAUGAUUGCUGGCCUGGGAAAGGCUUCAGAGCUCGUCACUUUGAAUCUGUCCAAUUAUCAGAACCACAUGCAAAGUAUCAAACUUUACCUGGAGGAACAAUUGCAGAGUGUCUUUAAAGACAAGAUCCGCUUCAACAGCCACUACGCCGGCUCCGAUAACCUUCCAAACACGUGUAACGUGUCCAUCCUUGGCCCGGCGUUUCAAGGCUGGAGGGUAUUGUCCUACUGUAGGAAGCUGCUGGCCAGCAUCGGCGCCGCCUGCCACUCCGACAGAGGAAACAGGCCAUCGCACAUCCUCCUGAACUGCGGCAUCCCGUCGGAUGUGGCGGCUAACGCCUUGAGGUUGAGCGUGGGCAGGGAGACGACCAAAGCAGAUGUGGAUGCAGUCGUGGAGGACCUGAGGGAGACCGUGCAGCUGCUGGAGGAAAUGAACUGAUGGCUUUAAUUUUUUGCACUAAGUACAGUUAUACUGUGUUUCAAAGAAGUAUACAACCAAACAUGCAAUAUCCGUGUGAAUUGUUAUACAUUAAUUGUAUUAACUGUAAAAUGUUUGCGAUACAUAAUAUAAAUAAUAAAGGGUAAGAACUUGGACUGAUGUUCUG